AUGACUGUAUUCUUAAUUUUUUAUAUUUUCCUGAUCAGAAAAGGGCCAAUAAGAGCUCCCGAAAAUCUCCGAGCCACCGUGAGAUGGGAUUACCAACCCGAUAUAUGUAAAGAUUAUAAAGAAACGGGAUUUUGUGGAUUUGGAGAUAGUUGCAAGUUCAUGCACGAUCGUUCGGAUUAUAAACAUGGUUGGCAACUCGAGAUGGAAAUGGCAAAUAAUACAUAUGGAGAAGAAGAUACUAGUCGAUACGAAAUCGAUUCUGACGACGACGAGUUUCCUUUUAAAUGUUUCAUUUGUCGUCAUUCGUAUAAAAAUCCUGUGGUGACAAAGUGCAAGCAUUACUUUUGCGAGAAAUGCGCGUUGCAGCACUACAAGAAAUCCAAAAGGUGUUUCGUGUGCAGUAAACAGACCAUGGGCAUUUUCAACCCGGCCAAAGAGUUGAUGGCCAAACUGGAAGCCCGAGGAGACCGAGAGGAGAGCGAAGAAGAGGAGGAGGAGAAUCCCGACUGAUCCCCCUUCCCUCCCCGCCCCAAACACGAAUAAAGCGGUUCUUUUAA